UUGAAGCCGGUUUGUUCACGUGACUUCUGUGUCACAUGACAACGCCCUGUUGUAGCUGCAGUGCUAACGCCAACAAAAUGGCAGCGUUCUUACAGUGGAGGAAAUUUGUCUUCUUUGAUAAAGACACGGUAAAGGAUCCGGUGGAUACUGGGAAAAACUUCGCUCUCCCGAGCGGCAUAUCGGCCUGUGACUCUGGUCGGGGUCAUAUUGUACUGGGAGAUAUGGAUGGCAGGAUCUGGCUUUUGACACGCUCCCUGCAGUUGACAUCUUUUCAGGCUUACAAGUUGCGUGUAACCCACCUUUACCAGCUGAAGCAGCACAGCAUACUUGUGUCAGUGGGGCAGGACGAACACGGAAUAAAUCCUCUAGUAAAGGUCUGGAACCUCGACAAAAGGGACAGUGGAAAUCCUCUCUGCACUAGGAUUUUCCCUGCCAUUCCUGGCAACAAACCAACUGAAGUGUCUUGCCUCUGUGUACAUGAAAACCUCAACUUCAUGGCCAUUGGCUUCACAGAUGGCAGUGUGGUUUUGACCAAAGGUGACAUCACCAGAGAUCGUCACAGUAAAACUCUGACCUUGCACGAGGGAGCCAGCCCUGUCACUGGCCUCGCAUUCCGCCAAGUGGCAAAGGUCACACAUCUGUUUGUUGCCACUCUGGAGAAAGUUCAUUGCUACACGCUGUCCAUCAAGGAGUAUCCUAAAGUAGAGCUGGAUACACACGGAUGUGCACUGUGCUGCUCCUCCUUGGCAGAUCCUUCCCAGGAUUCCCAGUUCAUUGUAGCUGGUGAUGAAUGCGUGUACCUGUACCAACCUGAUGAACGUGGGCCUUGCUUUGCCUUUGAAGGACACAAGCUGUUGGUCCAUUGGCACCGUGGAUAUCUGUUUUUACUCAUCAGGGACGCAAAGUCACCGAACAAGACAGAGUUUGGCAGCAGGGAGAGCUUUCCAUCUGACAGACAGAUUCUGACCAUCUACGAUCUGGACAACAAGUUCAUCGCUUACAGUGCCGCUUUUGACGAUGUCAUUGAUGUGGUGGCAGAGUGGGGCUCCUUCUACAUCCUGACCAGAGAUGGUAAAAUGUUUGUUCUUCAGGAGAAAGACACACAGACCAAACUGGAAAUGCUGUUUAAGAAGAAUCUGUUUGUGAUGGCGAUAAACCUGGCUAAGAGCCAGCACUUGGACAGUGACGGACUGUCUGAGAUCUUCAGACAGUAUGGUGAUCACCUUUACCUGAAGGGAGAUCAUGAUGGUGCCAUCCAGCAGUACAUUCGCACCAUUGGGAAACUGGAGCCAUCUUACGUCAUCAGGAAAUUUCUGGACGCUCAGAGGAUCCACAACCUAACAGCAUAUCUGCAAGCCCUGCACAGGCAGUCACUCGCCAAUGCGGACCAUACCACACUACUGCUGAACUGUUACACCAAGCUGAAGGACAGCUCCAAGCUGGAAGAGUUCAUUAAGAGCAGUGAAAGUGAAGUCCACUUUGAUGUUGAGAUCGCCAUCAAGGUUCUUCGACAGGCCGGCUACCACAGCCAUGCUGUUUUUUUGGCUGAAAAACACAUGCACCAUGAAUGGUACCUAAAAAUCCAGCUGGAAGACCUCAAGAACUAUCAGGAAGGGCUGCGUUACAUCGGACGUCUGCCUUUCGAACAAUCUGAGAGCAACAUGAAACGUUACGGCAAGACACUGAUGCACCAUGUCCCUGAAGGUACCACACUUCUCCUGAAGGGUUUAUGCACCAACUACUUACCCAGCAGAGACACUGCUGAAAAAGAGUGCCUGGAUAGGGUUCAGAUCAAUAAGGCCAACUCUGAAGAAUUCAUCCCAAUUUUUGCCAACAACCCACGGGAGCUGAAAGCCUUCUUGGAACACAUGAUUGAGGUGGACUCUUGUUCUCCUCAGGGUGUAUAUGACACACUGCUGGAGCUCCGGCUGCAAGACUGGGCACAUGAACAGGACCCUGAGAGAAAAAGGGUCCUGCAGGGCGAGGCUGUGUCCCUGUUGAGAAGUGACAACACUGUGUUUGAUAAGGCCCUGGUUCUUUGCCAGAUGCACAACUUCAAAGAAGGCAUUCUCUACCUUUAUGAGAAAGGCAAACUGUACCAACAGAUAAUGCAUUACCACAUGCAGAAUGAGGAAUAUGGUAAAGUGAUAGAGGCCUGCAAGCGCUAUGGGGACCAAGAGGGUUGUCUUUGGGAGCAGGCACUGGGAUACUUUGCCAGAAAAGAAGAGGACUGCAAGGCCUACAUCAGUGAGGUCCUACAUCACAUUGACCAAAACAACCUCAUGCCUCCAUUACUUGUGGUGCAGACACUGGCACACAACUCGACAGCCACUCUCUCCGUCAUCAAGGACUACCUCAUCAACAAGCUGCAGAGGGAGAGCCAGCAGAUUGAGGAUGAUGAACGCAAAAUUCGCCAGUACCGCGAAGAAACUGCCAAUCUCCGCUCUGAGAUCCAGGAGCUCAAAAUGAGUGCCAAGAUAUUCCAGAAGACCAAGUGUAACAUGUGCAACAGCCCCCUGGAGUUGCCAUCAGUUCAUUUCCUGUGCAGCCACUCCUUCCAUCAACACUGCUUUGAAAGUUAUGCUGAGAGUGAGGCUGAGUGCCCAACUUGCACUCCAGAGAACCGCAAAGUCAUGGACAUGCUGCGUGCACAGGACCAGAAACGGGACCUGCAUGAUCACUUCAACAGACAGUUACGCAGUUCGAAUGAUGGCUUCUCUGUCGUGGCUGACUAUUUUGGUCGAGGAGUGUUUAACAAACUGACUCUGGUCACUGACCUGCCUGGCAGCAAAACUGUUGGAAAUCUAGAAGUUAACCUGCAGAAAGACCUUCUAAUCCACACCAAGAGAAACUGCUAGAAGCCUCAGCUUGUAAUUUUGGUUUGAAUCCUACCUGAGCAGAAACUUUGUGAUCAGCUUUACAUCGGCCCUGGCUCUCAACCACAUGUUUUGUUACAGGUGGUGCCACUUUAUUUAACAGCAAAUGCUUCAUGCUUUAAGCAACUGUGAUCAUUGUGUUCAUAUUCAAAGACACAAUUUGGUGGGAACUCUAUAAAUGCACUUAAACUUAACACAUAUAAUACUUUGAACUAAAACCUUGUUGAGUUACACUGGAAAUUUUGCUUCAGUGUGUUUGCUUGUACUCAUGAUGCGAACUUGCUCACAUAAUUGAACAGUCUGUUGUUAAUCAAAAUAUUUUGUGUCUGUCACUCCAACUUGAGGAUUGAAAUUAUUAAUAAAGUCUGUACGUGCAUUUUCUUGAUGUAGAA